UACAGUUUAGUGGCAUAGAUUUUCAAUUAGGCAGCAUCAGGAUUUGGAGUGAGCCGCGCAGUUCAUUUUAAAGUCUCAUUGCAGGACUCGCGAGCCAGCGUCAAGUUCCGUUACAAUUUAACGACCGCAUUCAAGCCAAGAAAGCCGCUGACGACCAAUGCAGACCCACUCAACGGCCGUGGACCUCUGCCAGAACAAUGUUGAUGUGCUCGCCCAGCUGCAACAGCUGCAAUCGAAUCAUCUCUUGCUGCGCCAGCAGCUAACUCAACUGCAACGCGACGCAUUCAGGCGACGGCUGCUGCACCAGAAGAGCCUGUACGAGACGCGCGCCGCCCUGGAGACUCAGCUGCGCCGGCUGCAGCUCAAGCACAAUCGACGAUGGGACCUCUGAGGAGCGUGG